GGCGAGAGAGGAUGAAACGGUGUAGAGCAGAGUAAAUACUUUCUUUGUGCUUUUCCCAUUCGCUGAUGUCUGAGCGAGUGCUUGCAUUUCUCGGCAAUCGCGAGAGUCCACCCAGCUAUAGUGAGAGUUAGUAAGGGAAAAGGUUUGAAGUAGGCUUUGGUGGUAUACAUCUGGAAUACCAGCUGUCAGAUCAGGGUUUGCCAGCAUUAGCAAUGUCACUAAGGGGAGUCAGUGUCUGCCUUUUUCUGCUUCUCAAUUUCCGGAGAAUCGCUUUAGAAUCGGUGUCAAUUUCCCCAGAUAAUUUGUUGGUCAUAACAGUAGCAACUCGAGAGACAGAAGGCUUUCAGCGCUUUCUACAGUCUGCAAAGCACUUCAACUAUACAGUAAAGGUCUUGGGUCUAGGAGAAGAAUGGAGAGGAGGGGACGUUGCCAACACAGUUGGUGGAGGACAAAAAGUUCGGUGGCUGAAAAAUGAGAUGCAGAAAUACAAAGACAGAGAGGAUCUUGUGGUUAUGUUUGUAGACAGUUAUGAUGUCAUCUUUGCAGGCAGUCCAAAUGAACUUCUCUGGAAGUUCUCUCAGUUUAAUCACAAGGUGAUUUUUGCAGCAGAGGGAUUCUGUUGGCCAGAUCGAUCAUUAGCUGAGAAAUACCCAGAAGUUAUUUCAGGCAAACGGUUCCUAAAUUCUGGAGGUUUCAUUGGCUUUGCACCAUAUCUGUAUCAGAUAAUUCAACAGUGGAAAUUCAAAGAUAAUGAUGAUGAUCAGCUGUUUUAUACACACAUCUACCUUGAUCCAGAAUCACGGGAGAACCUUGAUAUUACUCUAGAUCACAAAUCCAGAAUCUUCCAGAAUUUGAAUGGUGCUCUAGAUGAAGUUGUCCUGAAGUUUGAAAAUGGAAGAGUUCGUGCAAGAAACAUUGCAUAUGAUACACUUCCAGUUGUUAUACAUGGAAAUGGACCCACCAAGCUUCAGCUAAACUACCUUGGAAACUAUGUUCCCAAUGCUUGGACAUUUGAAGAGGGCUGCGGCACAUGUGACAACAACCUGCUGGAUCUUUCUCAACUGCAAGAUGAAGAAUACCCAAGAGUACUGAUUGGUGUGUUUAUAGAACAACCAACACCUUUCAUCCCAGAGUUUCUGGAGAGGUUACCUAGUCUUGACUACCCUCUGAGCAAAAUCAGUCUUUUCAUCCACAACAAGGAGGUUUUUCAUGAAGUACAUAUCCAAGCCUUUUGGGAGAAGCAUAAAGAGACGUUUCCUAGUAUUAAAAUUGUUGGACCAGAAGAGAACUUAAGCCAUGGGGAAGCUCGUAACAUGGGCAUGGAUUUCUGCCGACAAGAUCCUGAAUGUGACUACUACUUCAGCCUGGAUGCAGAUGUUGGCAUCACAAACCCUGAGACACUGAGGAUUCUUAUAGAAGAAAACAAAAAAGUUAUCGCUCCAAUGGUGUCACGGCAUGGAAAGCUAUGGUCCAAUUUCUGGGGUGCACUGAAUACGGAUGGGUAUUAUGCCCGUUCUGAAGACUACAUUGACAUUGUACAGGCAAAGAGGGUAGGAGUGUGGAAUGUGCCCUAUAUUACUGAGGUGUACCUAAUCAAGGGUGAAACUCUGCGGACUGAGCUCAAAAACAAAAACAUGUUCACCCUGAAUGGAGGAGAUCCAGAUAUGAUCUUCUGCAAAAAUGUUCGAGAUAAGGGUGUUUUCAUGCAUAUUUCAAACAGAGACGAAUUUGGAAGACUAAUCUCCACAGACAAAUACAGUACCACUCACCUCCAUAAUGAUAUGUGGCAAAUCUUUGAAAACCCAGUGGACUGGAAGGAGAAGUAUAUUCAUGAGAAUUACUCCAAAAUCUUUGAUGAAGACUACUUUGAACAGGGUGUUUCUCUGUCACAGCCCUGUCCAGAUGUCUACUGGUUUCCAGUGUUUACCGAGAAGAUGUGUGAUGAACUCGUGGAGGAAAUGGAGAACUUUGGAGACUGGUCAGGAGGUAAACAUGAGGAUGUACGACUUGCAGGAGGAUAUGAAAAUGUACCUACGGUGGACAUUCACAUGAAUCAGAUCAACUUUGAAAAGGAAUGGCUACAUUUCUUAAGAGAGUAUAUUGCACCAGUAACGGAAAAGUUGUUCCCUGGGUAUUACACAAAGGCCCAUGCUGUAAUGAACUUUGUUGUGAGGUAUCGACCUGAUGAGCAGCCCUUCUUACGCCCACACCAUGACUCUUCAACCUUCACAAUAAACAUAGCACUAAACAAUAAAGGGAUCGACUUCCAG